AUGCCGACGAGCUUCGACUGGACGGAUCUCGUCCGCGCCGCCGUCAUCAUCAUGGAAAUGAGUCAGGCCGAACUGUUGGCGGCGUCCGAUUGCGAUUGGCAAAAAGUUGCCGAGUUCGCCGACGACAAGCGUCGAGCCACCGAGUUGAUUAUGAUGACGUUCGGCCAUCCGAAUCUCACGCCGAAUCCCGACUAUGUUGCCGGCGUUCAGCGCCUCUGCAAUCAGCUCGAGGACGAUUUCAUAACGUUCGGCAUCAUCGAUCAGUUGGCGAAAGAGGAGCGUCGAAUCAACGGGAUUCUCGCGCUCGUCACCAAGGAGAAGGGCAAGCGUUUCCUGAUUCCGAAAUGAUCUCGCCGUCCCCCGAUGGAUCCGGCGGCGUUCGAGUUGUACAUGAAAAAAAUUGGCGAGACGUGCGCCAUGUUGGCCGAGUGCACACCCGACGAGACGACGCGCUUCUUCAUCAUCUACAUCGAGAUGAUAUUGGCGCAACGGUCGUUCGAGACGCGUCGUCGACAAUUCUUUUUGGCGUUGACACGCGCCCUUGGCGGAAUGCUCGACGAGGUGCGCCAACGGACCAACGGCGAGUGCUAUCCCGACUAUCGCAAUUUCGCCGAUCCGCUCAUCAUGAAGUUCGUCGAGUUCGAGCACGAGAUCGCGUUUUUCGACGAGGUCCAAAAAGCGACGCUUCGAUUGGACAUGGUCCGAACGCUGUUCAAAUUCAAGCAUCAGGUGGAUUGUGUGAUUCCCAAGGCAACUAGUCGACUAGUCGUUUUCACUCAUUCCUUCGAUUGCCUUCAGAGCGCGCUUUCCGAGUACCUCAAAUCCGAGGCGACGCCGAUGGCGACCAUCGACACCACCGGCGUCCAAUUCACCGACGUCGUUGCGCCGCUGCCAUCGCCGCCCGACAUCAUGCGCAUGAUUGAGGUUGUCGCCGAGCCGUCCGAAUUCGAGACGCUUCGUCGAACCGUGUCGACGCACUACGAAGACAUGAUGCGGAUCUACGCGAUGAACGCGAGCCACGAGCAACGCGACGAGAUGAUAAUGAAUCGCUGGAAGGCGACGAUCGACAUUCUCAACGGGAUUCAUCUCGGCGAAUGGAUGGACAACGUGAUGAAGAUGCUCGAAGCGCAGAGAACGCCGAAGAGCCAUGCCAUCCGCAUCGCCCGGUCUGAUCUAUUUGGAGAUGAGGUGAAGCUCAUCGCGGUGAACUACGAUCUCGUCUAUUAUGGACAUCUCAAGUACAUCAUCAUCAAGGUCAACAAGCUUGAAGCAAGAAUCCAGAAGAGCCUCCAUUCUGAAGACGAUCCGAGAGGAGCCAAGGGAAGCCUAUUCUCAUCGAGCUAUCGGUUUCCACAUCCCGAUGCUUCACAAAUGCCGCUUUUCGUCGCCUUCUGCAAUUGCCAAUACCUCAUUCUGCUCGCAUUUCUUCGACAUGCCUCGCCGAUGGAACGCCUACGCGCGUUCAUCAUCUACAUGCAGAUGAACUACGCCAAGUCGUUGUUCAACGGAGACGAUCAACGCACGCAUCUCAGGAAUCUCGAGGCGACGCGAAUCACCGUCGAAGAGUGCCUGGCGCGAAGCGAUCUCGUCCGAACGCAUCGCGUCGAUCACUACGGCUACAAUCGGAUCAUCAUCAACAAGUUCAUCGAUAUGGAGAGCACGAUGACGCAUUUGAGUGCCGCGCAGAAGCAUUUGAUGCGGCACGCGCUUCUCGUCCAGACGAUUCUCGAAGAAGAAGGCCGACCGUUUCUGCUUGAGCGCGCGGCAAGCGGCAUUCUCGCCUAG